UACUCUUUCAUAAGCAUCAACUAACGUAAAAUCUUCUGCCCCACCCUGCAUUUCAGCAGAGUGAUUCUUUUCACUACAAUGCCAUCAUCACUAUCCUCUUUCCUCCAUAUGGUUCCUAUUCUCUCCCUUCUUGUACUCUCAUGUGUGAUUUGUUCUAGUAGUGCUCAGGGACCACCUUCACCUGGCUACUACCCCAGUUCCAAAAUUAGUCCUGUUAGUUUUUAUCAAGGGUUUAGAAACCUAUGGGGACCUCAGCAUCAGAGGCUAGACCAAGGCUCAUUGACAAUCUGGCUUGACUCUAACUCAGGAAGUGGAUUCAAGUCACUUCACUCUUAUCGAUCUGGUUACUUCGGUGCUGCCAUUAAGCUUCAACCUGGUUACACUGCAGGAGUCAUUACAUCAUUAUAUCUUUCAAACAACCAAGACCACCCCGGAAACCAUGAUGAAAUUGACAUUGAGUUCCUUGGCACCACACCUGAUAAGCCAUAUGUCUUGCAAACAAAUGUAUACAUCAGAGGAAGUGGAGAUGGGAAUAUUAUUGGAAGAGAGAUGAAAUUUCAUCUUUGGUUUGACCCAACACAGGAUUUUCACAACUAUGGCAUUCUAUGGAAACCCAGUGAGAUAAUAUUUUUUGUGGAUGAUGUCCCCAUAAGGAGGUAUCCUAGGAAAAGUGAAGCAACAUACCCCUCAAGGUCAAUGUAUGUGUACGGGUCAAUAUGGGAUGCAUCUUCUUGGGCAACAGAGGAUGGAAAAUACAAAGCUAAUUAUAAUUACCAACCCUUCGUUGGUAGGUACAAAAACUUCAAACUACAAGGUUGCACUAGUGAAAGCUCUGCCUCGUGCAAGCCACCUUCUUUCUCCCCAUCUGGCUUUGGUAGCCUCAGUCCUCAGCAGUUUAGGGCCAUGCAAUGGGUCCAAAACAACUACAUGGUCUACAAUUAUUGCCAUGACCCUAGGAGAGACCACACUCUUAUCCCAGAGUGCUAAGCUCUAGUUCGUUUCAAAACUCCUUCAGAAGAAAGAAAUCGCCUCUAAGAUAUCAAAGCUAUAAUUAUUAACUUCUGAAGAUCACAUUCCAGAUGUGCAAAAAUCACGUCCGAAACGUGAAAUCAAUUAAGCUAUGAUGUUGGUGUGCCUCAAUUCUAAGUUGCCCUAUACACUUUGCAUAUUUGAAUUGUAAAAUGGUUUUGAUUAUUCAGGUGGAGGUGGUUUUUGUGAUGGUCCCACUUGCUAAGGGUAAUUGCAAGAGUAGUUGAACGUCCAAGCCACUCCAAUGAUUGGAAUGUUUUUGUUGUUUAUGUAAUUGUGUUGUAGUAUUGUUUGGGUCCUGUCUUACUGUUCAAAUAAAUUGAUUCGGAUGCUUUCCUCAUACGUGUAUGGGUGUGAAAAGUGACAUUGAGAGAAAGGACAUGCUCCCUUAAAAGCAAACCUUUUGAAAGAA